ACUUUGAAUUUCUCCAACUUAAGACAAUAAUUCAAAUUUUCAAUAUUGUUUUUGUGGUUGUGUUAAGUGUUGGUGUUAAGUGAUUUUAUACGUACACAGGAAACAUUUAAUACCUCGGACUACAACAAAAAAAAAAAAAAAAGAAAAGAAAAAAUGCAUUCAAUUAAACAAAAUUUGCAUCCAAGAGUACUUUUGAAAUUCUGGUCUUUCCUGUGCUUGAUUAUAAAUGUUUUGCAGCAGCCUCUCGCAGUUGGCGCUAUCGAUGAUGUGGCCAAUGUAUCACCUUGUGAGCUGGAAACAAUAAUAAAUCAAUUGAUCAAUCCCAGCCCACGAUAUAGAAUGCAUGUUGCAGCUUUACGUAAUCAGUUAAGGAAUAUAUUGCAAGAGCGUCAAUUCGAGCAGGGCGAAGAGCAAAAUCUUCUAGAUGAAAACGACGACUAUGGACGGGAAGAGGAUAAGCGGUCUGUUGCCGCUUUGGCAGCUCAGGGCUUAUUGAAUCAUAAUCAUAAGGCUGCAGCUGCAGCGGCUAAACGCAGUUUAGCUACAUUGGCUAAAAACGGGCAGUUACCUACAACUGAUCCCAACAUAAUACCUGAUGAUGAGGAAGAGCGUACGGAGGAUAAACGUUAUGUGGGUGCCUUGGCUCGUUCUGGUGGUCUGGCGGGCUAUGGUAAACGUAACAUUGGCACCUUGGCCAGAGACUAUCAAUUGCCCCAGAAUGGUAAACGCAAUUUAGCUACCAUGGCUCGCCUGGGCAUGCUGGGUAAUCGCUAUCCCACCAAGCGCAAUUUAGCCGCUCUGGCUCGUUACAAUUCGCAGCGUUAUUAUGAUAUGGCCGAAAAGCGUAGCUUGGCUGCUUUGAAAGCAUCGCCAGUGCAUGGUGGCGGCUUUCAGCAGAAACGCGCCGACAUCGAUGACGAAGAUGAAGUUUAUAUACCAGCUGAAUAUAAUUACGUAGAUCCCGCGGCUUACUAUUGGAAUUAUGCUACCUAUGCCGACUUAGAUUGGGGCGAUUUUGGGCGAGCACAAAAAAGAUUUUUGGACACUUCAAAGGAUCCCGAAUUGUUUGGCAUUGAAAAUGCUGUACCUUUACCAGAAGAAGACAGCGUUGAAGAAUUUGCCGAGGAUGAGGUAAAUGACGUACGCAACGAUUUAAGAGCGCAACCAUCUAAACGUCAUAUAGGUUCCGUGUAUCGCUCAGGCUUUUUGCCUUCAUAUAGAGCCUUACGCGGCUUUACCGGCGGUGGUGGCGGCGGCGGUGGUGGUGGUGAUUUAAAAGGCCGUUUUAGCCGCUCCGGACGUGCCAGGCAAUUUGUCGAGUAUUACCCCCAACACGAGCGACUACGUCAACCCAUCGCAGCCGUUUGUAAACGUUGUUUUGUCCCCUAUCGUCCAGUUGUUAAUUUGGGUGCGUAUGGUGGGGUACGUGGCCGUUGGCCUAUGUAUGUGCAACAGGAAGAUCAUGCACGAAGCAUUAACACCAAUCACUUGCCAUCCGCCAGUAAUUUAAGACAUCCUGCUGCUGUAGCUGCACCCGUGCAUUCAUGGGGUACACCGCCACGUAUAACAGCAUUAAACAGACGUAGUUUAUAUGAAAAUAAUAACGAUCCUAUCAAAAACAAUUAUCAAUAUUAAGAAAAAGAAAGAAAACCCAUAACAAAAAAAAUUAUUACAAAAAACUUAUACUUAUAUCAUACAACUAUCAUAUCUAUGAACGUUAAACAAACAAAAACAUAUACAUACACAUAUCUAAGAAUAUAAAAUAUCAUUAACAAAAAAAAAAAAACAAAAAAAAAACACUGGCCGCGCAUUAAGGUUCAAUUAAACACAGAAACCUAUUAAAAUAAAGUUUACAUUAUGGUUUUGCAGUCCAGUGUUGCAAAAAACAAAAGAAGAUGAAGAAGAAGAACAGUUUUUUAUAUACACUUAAUGAUUUAUAAAGUGAGCUGAAUAUAUUUUGUGCAAACCGAAGACAAUAAUUUAUGGGUAUUAAAAAAAAAAAAAAAAAAAAAAAA